AGCAGCAACCAUGAGUCAGGACUUUGAGGCUCCUCAGGAGAGAUCCCUCGUCUCAUUUGGGUCUUCUGUGGUCUGGAGGAAACCACUACGGAGACAGGGAUUCCACGGAGCAGCCAAAAGCUACCUGGCUUAAACCGCCUUCACCUUUGCAUUGAGAACUUCCUCCAAACAUACAGAUCCAGUCAACCAGGGCAUGUUACCUCCAGGCUGAGUGUUAAUAGAAAAAGAAGAAGAAUACAGAAAGAGACAGACUGGAGGCCGAAAGGGAAUGGCAGCUCAGAGUGAGGAGGACUACGAAGCUGGUUUUCAAAAGAACCUGGAUGUUGAUGCAUAUGAUGAUCCUGUAUUGAAAAGUUCCAACAUGUCGCUUGAAAGUGAAAAAAGAGCCGGAGGCCAAUCUGGGUGGUGGAACAGACCUUGGUCACGAUGUCUCCUCUGCCAUUCCUCCUGGCCUGAUCAACGGGGAUCAUAUAACCUGAGUAAGAGAAGGAGGAUGGAGAGGGUGCCCCCAGGAAAGGCAGGACACUAUCAGAUGCGUGAGAACAGUGGACCAAGUGGCUCCUCAGCUGGAGAAGAGCCAGGGAGUGCAAAGGCUACUAAACGGCCAUACACUGUCCACAGGGCAUCCCAUGAGGCAUAUGUGGAACUUCACGAACUGAUCAUGGACCAGAACAAUGAGUGUCGCUGGCUGGAGGCAUCUCACUGGAUCAAACUGGAGGAAGAUUUUGAGGAGCUGGGGCAUUGGGGUAGACCUCACCUCUCAUAUCUGACUUUCCAAAGCCUUAUGGAAGUGCGCCGGGCUUUCACCAAAGGAACUGUCCUUUUAGAUUUGCCUGAAAAAAGUCUAGCUGGGAUUGCCAACCAGGUGCUUGACCAAAUGAUCUACGAAGGACAGCUCAAGCCAGAAGACCGAGAAAUGGUGUUGAGAACCCUUCUGCUCCAACACAGCCACCCUGAUGCAUCCACUUCAUUAAGCAAUGUUUCCCCAGCACGGCUGCAGCGAUCUGAAACCAAAGAUGUAACACAGCCCCUUCUGGCAGAACAUCAGCAAAUUGAGAUGAAGACCUUUCUUCCUGAUCCAGAGCAGGGUGAGCCGAGUAGCACUGCUUUUAAGAAGCCACUUUCAGAGAAGAUUUCCCCUGAUGCAGAAGCCACACUGGUUUUGGUUGGCUGUGCCACCUUCCUGGAGCGCCCAACUUUGGCCUUUGUACGCUUGAAAGAUGCUGUAGAGCUGGACUCUGUCCUGGAGGUCCCUGUACCUGUCAGGUUCCUCUUUGUGGUUCUGGGCCCGGAUUCCCCUCAUACCAGCUACCAUGAGAUUGGGAGAGCCAUCUCAACAAUGAUGUCUGAAAGGGUGUUUCGCAAUGAUUCCUACUUGGCUGAGGGAAGGACAGACCUUGUGAAAAGCAUGGAGACGUUCCUGGACUGUUGCAUUGUCCUCCCUCCUAGUGACAUCCAAAGUGAAAAACUCCUCAAGACAUUACUGCCAGUGCAAAAGGAGCUCCUACGGAAGAGGUACCAGCCAAUGGAGAAGAAGGUGUCACCAGAGACUGAGCUCUUGAAAGACUUAGAGAAAGAACUGAAAGCCCAUGCCCUGAAAGGAGGUGAUGAUGAUGAUGAUGAUGAUGACCCUUUGCGUAGGACCAAGAGACCAUUUGGGGGACUGGUGAGGGACAUAAAACGCCGAUACCCCAAGUAUCUUAGUGACAUCAAGGAUGCCCUUAAUGCCCAGUGUCUGGCUGCAGUCAUCUUCAUCUACUUUGCUGCCCUUUCUCCUGCCAUUACUUUUGGGGGCCUUCUGGAUGAGAAGACUAACAGCAUGAUGGGAGUAUCUGAGCUUCUUCUCUCCACUUCAGUCCAAAGCGUAAUGUUCUGUUUGCUUGGAGCUCAGCCUUUGCUUGUGCUUGGAUUUUCUGGUCCCCUUUUGGUCUUUGAAGAAGCCUUUUAUAAGUUUUGCAAAGAUGGUGGGUAUGAAUAUAUCGUGGGAAGAGUCUGGAUUGGCUAUUGGCUCAUAAUCCUGGUGGUGAUCAUAGUGGCUUGCGAGGGCAGCUUCCUGGUGCGCUUCAUCUCCCGUUACACCCAGGAGAUCUUCUCCUUCCUCAUCUCUCUCAUCUUCAUUGUGGAGACUUUCGUCAAACUUAUCAAGAUUUUCCAGCAACAUCCUGUGCAACGAGUAUAUGCCAAUGUUACUAACUCAACAGGGGAACCCACAACCGCCCAACCCAACACGGCUUUGCUCUCCCUUGUCCUCAUGGCAGGAACAUUUUUCAUUGCUUUCUUCUUGCGCAAAUUCAAAAACAGCAGUUUCCUUCCAGGAAAGCUUCGUCGUGUGAUUGGGGACUUCGGCGUCCCUAUUGCCAUCUUUAUCAUGGCCAUGGCAGACUUCUUUAUUCAGGACACCUACACUCAGAAACUGAAAGUUCCAGAAGGCCUUGAGGUCUCCAAUCCAAAGGAGCGGGGUUGGUUUAUCCACCCAUUGGGAAACGAUUUCCCAAUUGCGAUGAUGUUUGCUGCAGCUUUACCAGCUCUUUUGGUCUUCAUCCUCAUCUUCUUGGAAUCACAGAUUACCACACUGAUUGUGAGCAAACCAGAGAGGAAACUUGUGAAAGGUUCGGGUUUCCAUCUAGACCUGCUUCUAAUUGUUGGCAUGGGGGGUGUAGCUGCCAUGUUUGGCAUGCCCUGGCUCAGCGCCACCACUGUGAGAACUGUCACGCAUGUUAAUGCCCUGACAGUGAUGUCCAAGACUACUGUCCCGGGAGAAAAGGCUCAUGUUCAAGAGGUCAAAGAACAGAGGAUCACUGGCUUGCUGGUGGGCAUUCUUGUAGGCCUCUCCAUCCUCAUGGAGCCCGUCUUGAAACUGAUUCCACUUGCAGUACUCUUUGGCAUUUUCCUUUACAUGGGGGUGACAUCCCUCAAUGGGAUCCAGCUGUAUGAUCGCAUCCUUCUAAUGCUGAAGCCCCCCAAAUACCACCCUGAUGAAGCUUUUGUUAGAAAAGUAAAGACCUGGCGCAUGCAUAUCUUCACCCUCACCCAGAUAGCAUGUCUGGUGGUGCUGUGGGGAGUGAAAUCCAGCCCAGCCUCCCUUGCUCUGCCUUUCCUCCUCAUCCUGACUGUGCCAUUGAGACGCUAUGCACUCCCCUUCUUCUUCAGUGACCUUGAACUCAAGUGUUUGGAUUGUGAUGAUGCUGAUGUGACCUUUGAUGAGACAGAAGGCCAAGAUGUUUAUGAUGAAGUCCAGAUGCCAGUUUGAUCACCUACACUGUGCUACAUAUUUCAGGCUGAUAAAAAAAACCCUAAGAGGCCUCCCUAAAAACUUAUUGACAAAAACAAGAGCUGGAAGAAUAUUUUUCUACAUCGGAAUGAACCAGAGUAUACAGUAGUUGCAUACUGGUAAAUAUCCCAAAGAUGUAAAUACAUACAUGCCUGUCAACAGAUGGAUUCCAUAGGAUUUAAAUUACUAACAUAUGUUUUAGAAUGAUCUUCUUCCAGUUCUGCCAUGAAAUCUUAACCAAUAUUGAGGAAAAAGACUUAUUUUCCCAGAAGGGAAGAAUUCAACCAAAGCUACUCAAGGAUGGAGAAAAGAUGGAAAAUGUGAUCAUGGACCCAAUGUUUAAUGCUGCCUCUAAUUCUAUUACUUCUCUUCUGUUGUGUGUGUGCAUGUGUGUGUGUGUGUGUGUGUGUUUGUGCAAGUGCACAAAUGUGUGUGAAAUUUGACCAAAUGUACACAAGGCCCUGUCUAAAAAAAAAUCCAAGACAGGAAAUGCUUCUUUCAGUUUCCAGCACAAAGACACCGCAAUGAAUGCUGAAUGUAAUGUUAAAAAUUAGUGAAGAUGCUGUCCUAUUUACCUUGAAUUUGUGGAACAUGUCUUGGAGGACACCUGAUUGAAACUAAGAACUGGCAGAGUGACAUGAUCUUUCUCAGAAUUGCUAGGUAUGCAAAAUAUUGAGCAUGGAAAUGAAGCAGGAUAAAUUCUCUUGCUUAGAUUUUUCAAGGUUUUCGCCAAAAGAAAGAAGCAUCAACUUUUCCUUCAGGUCAGUAACCUGAUAUGGAGAUGCCAGAACUAUGAAGAAGAAUCGAGACUAAGUAAAAACAUUGUUGGACUAGUUUUGCUUUGGCAAAAUGGAGAGGAUAUUCCAUAAACCCUGAUUCAAGGAGAAUCCACAUUUUUCCUUAACUUGAAGAAUUCAUCUUUUAAUUUACUUCAGCUCUCCUACUAUGAUUAGAACUGUGGUAAUAAGAAGUCUGAAGGUACCAUCCAAAGGAAAUGUCCUUGUAUGUUCCUUUUGCCUUGCUCUUUUCCAUCAACUAUUGGCACUUGCAGUUGAUAUUCCUUGUUUUUCCUUACUUUCUCUAUUGCAGUCACAUAUCAAGAUUACUUCCAGAUAUAACAAAUUAUCAUGUAUCCUAAUUACAGUAACCAGGGCUGUGUAUUUUAAAGUUCAAACAUAGAAGCUCUUAUCUGCUACAAACUGGCAUUUUGUGACACUUAGUUUUCAAAACAAUGCUUUCAUAGACCUUAUGGAACAGAGAAAUCUUGCAAAUUUCCCCCACGUUCUUCCUUUUGCCUCUCCUUUUCCCAUUGUUUUUCAACACCUUCCAUAGUAUUUCAAUUUUUUUCCCAAGGAGCAAAGCCAAUGAGAUACAUGCAAACAAACUGAAUGUAUGUGAUCCAGUCGUACUACAGAAUAUGGUUUUAAAACUGUAGUUCAAAUAAGAGUGCACUUGGUCAACAAAAGCAAUGUAAAUAUACCAUAGAUUUGCCUUAAACUGUACUAAAAGUGGGAUUACCUUGGUAAGGGAACACACAUCCAGCAGCAUCAGAGAAAUAUGGCUAUCUCCAUGCCUAUACCCUCCAAUAUUUCAAAGAUGGAAACCUGGCCAAGCAAUAUCAUGGAGUGGUCAAUAUGUCAAAAGUUAUUCAUGAAGAAGAAGAGCAAACUUAGAAGAAGCUGCAGCAAUUUGAUUUUGCCUAAGCCUACUGAAUGCCAUUUCUAGCUUUUGAAGUUAGUUAAAAAUGAAGAGGGAAAUGGGAGAAAGAUAUACAAAUUAGAAUAUUUUAAAAGCAACUGAAAAAAUGGGGUGACAGGAGAUUUACUUCUUCACAGGUGCUAACGCCCAAAAUGUGUACAAUCGUUUGUAGAUAAAACUGUCUCAUCCCAGGCCUUAUAUAGAUAGUUGUUGAGUGAAAUGCUUUCAAUAUAUGCCAAGAGAUGCUCUUUCCUUGGCAACUUUGCCUAAUCUAGGUUUGAGCCCUUCUUUGUUUUGAAUGCUGCUUCACAUAAACCUUAAUAGUAGCAGGACUGGGGAAAACGGUAGUGCUUCUUCGUGCAACACUUGAUCAAUUUAUGGAACUGGGAUGACUGACAUUAAAUCAGUUUGUUACAUCCUGUUUCUCAGUUUCCCAAAAGCAUGCAUUAUUGGCUUCAGGGCUGCGAAAUGCUGCAGCCCAACACAAUACAGAUGAACCCUUGGGCUGAUCGGCUACAGGUGUUCUUAUGUCUUUAUGAAAAAUUAAAAACAAAGAGGGAAAUAAUAUUUCACUGAUGUUUAACCUGAACAAAAUGUUCAAUUUAUUACAUACAUUUCUUAGAUAGCUUAUGUAAACAAAAAUAAGAUAUUUAUGAAAUCCUCAAUUUCACAGACCCCACAACCAUGAGUCCAGUUUGUGUUGGCUGAGGGUCAGAAAAUUAAUUAAAGAUGUGGACUCCAAGGGUUGCUGUAAACUUACCCUGUGGUAACCUUGCUAUAACUAGGGUUGCCAUUUGUAAGGACAGGGAAAGGUGCAACAACCUAGGAAAGCUCCUUUGCCUUUAGUAGAAUCACAACCGACAGAAACUCAACAGAUUUAAAACUGGACAAAUUUUACCUCCUGAAAUAGUGUGUGUGUAUUUUGCCAUUGCCUAGGUGAUAGGAGUGUGGGAAAUGGCACGGAAUUCGGUUCUGUUUUUGGGUCCGUCCGUCCCCCCGUUCUGUUCUUCCCAAAACAGAAACUGAACUCAGCGUUCCAAAUCAUGAAUCCAAAUGACUCCCUCCUAAUCUCCGACAUCUUUCCGAAAACAAAACAGGGGGUAUCCAAAAUUCAAGAUCAAAAUAGAACAAAAACAGAACAGAUUUGCACACCCCUACUAGUUGAUAAAGGCACAGGAGCCUUUCAAGGAAGAAAUGUGGCACCCUUAGUUGUAAGUAAUAAUGUACACAUUUUAAGUUAGUGACCAUGGGCUUUUGUAAUUUAUUAAAAUUAUAUAUUUGAUGUUUUAAUUGCUUUGUUUUUUUCUGCUUUUUGAUUUUUU